CGCCUCCUCCCGGCCGCCUCCUCCGGCCUCCCCCGCCCCUCCGCGCACACCUCUGGGUGCAGAUCGCCGCGAGGAAGGAGAAGAGGAGGGAAGGGGAGCAAGAGGGCUUCAGGUGGUGCAUGAUCCAGGCUCGCCCACCUUGGAGCAGGAGCGCCUGGGGACCCCUGGGAGCCUUUUUGCCCAAGAGCCGACCGCCUCCUUUGCUCUGAUCGCGCCCCCCCAGAUUGCUUGCAAAUUCUUGGGGGCCCCUCCUGAGUUGCACAUGAGGAUCGCAGAUCCCCACCGCUCCUAGGCUGUGCAAGAUCUUCUCGGAGGACCCUGGAGGCUCGCAAGAUCCGCUCGCCCACCUCCCCAGCGGGCUGUCACUUUCGUCUGGCCUCGCCUCGGACGGACAGGCGGACAGGCGGGCGGGCAGGCCGGGCCUUCGCUUCUCCAUGAGCCCCUGAGACUGCAGGGGGGCGAUGGCGCGGCCCCUGAGCGACAGGCCUCCUCCCCCGGCCCCACUGCUGCUGGGCGGCCCGGCUGGGGCCCCCCCUGGAGGGGGUGCGCUGCUGGGGCUCAGGAGCCUUCUGCAGGGGACCAGCAAGCCCAAGGAUCCAGCCAGCUGUCUCCUGAAGGAAAAGGAGCUCAAGGCGGCUCCAGUCCCCGGGCCGGGCCUGGAGACGGCGGGCCCGGCGGAUGUCCCAGGUGGGGCGUCGGUGGGCGGCGGGUCCCCCCGGGCGCGCCCCGGGGCUGCACCGGGCCCGGGGCUGCUGGCACCGCUGCUGUGGGAGCGGACCCUGCCGUUCGGCGACGUGGAGUACGUGGAUUUGGACGCCUUCCUCCUGGAGCACGGGCUCCCACCCAGCCCGCCGCCCCCGGGAGCCCCGUCACCCGCGCCCUCGCCCGCGCGCACCCCGGCACCCUCGCCUGGCCCGGGCUCCUGCAGCUCCGCUUCCCCCCGCUCCUCGCCGGGCCAUGCCCCGGCCCGGGCUGCCCUCGGGGCGGCCGGUGGCCAGCGUGCAGGCCUGACCUCUCGGGACACUCCCAGCCCGGUGGACCCGGACACCGUGGAGGUGCUGAUGACCUUUGAACCUGACCCUGCUGAUCUAGCCCUGUCCAGCAUUCCGGGCCACGAAACCUUUGACCCUCGGAGACAUCGGUUCUCCGAGGAGGAACUUAAGCCCCAGCCCAUCAUGAAGAAGGCGAGGAAGAUCCAGGUGCCCGAGGAGCAGAAGGAUGAGAAGUACUGGAACCGGCGGUACAAGAACAACGAGGCGGCCAAGCGGUCCCGGGACGCUCGGCGGCUCAAGGAGAACCAGAUCUCGGUGCGGGCAGCCUUCCUGGAGAAGGAGAACGCGCUGCUGCGGCAGGAGGUGGUGGCCGUCCGCCAGGAGCUGUCCCACUACCGCGCCGUGCUGUCGCGGUACCAGGCCCAGCACGGGGCCCUGUGACACGCGCGGCCCCAGGACGGGACAAUGCAGAGAAAUACAUUUAUAUUUUUAAGAAAACGCCAGCCCCUGUGCCCCGGCCCCGCUGCACCUCUCCCGUGCAGGGGGGAGCGGGCGGGUCCCCCCGGGUGCUUGGGGCCAGCACUUCGGGUGGUCUCCCC